CUCGUGUCGUUUGUCACGAGCAGCGCCGCCUUUCCUCUCGCGACGGCAGUCCAUCGAUUCCCGCGGACAUGACAGACUGCGACGCCGCGCGCGACGCCUCGUGCCCCAGGAUAUGCCCCGUGCAGGGCGGCGGCGACCCCGUCUGCGGCUCGGACGGCGUCAUCUACACCAACCAGUGCGACAUGCGCAAGAAGACCUGCGGCAAGGGUGAGCAGCCCGAGAGCGUCGCUCGAACGCGGAGAGGCCAACUCAUGCAUGUUCAGGCCGGUUGGAUGCUGAAAAAUAAAUAAAAUCUGGCAGCUUUUACCUUUGGGUAGAGAGAGCCACUGGAGACUGUCUAAAAGGAGAAAUGCUCAUAUUCCUCAUUGAGGAAGCUGCCCGUUAAGAGGAACAAGAAGAAGGCCGCUCUGAGGAGAUGGCGUGGCGUAGCGCCGUCCCUAGACAAAGCAGAAGAUGAGCGAGUCCGAGAGAGUUUAGGUUGCGUGCCAUUGGAUUUCAAACAGUUUAGCGGGCCUAUAUGCAUCUACCACC